ACCACAUCCACACCCACCCGUCUCCCUCAUGUAAAUAUCUCCCUCCAUUGUGUAAUAUUAGUUCAUCGACGAGGUUCUGUUUGAGGCAAGCCAGGUCUGUUACUAUUUUACCACUUUCUAUGCUAUCCGUGUACAGUAUCUAUCUGUUAAAUAUGCUACAAUUCAAUUAUUUGUGCAUUUGUAACAGGUUAGGUUCUGUUAUCAACACAACGGACAUUCUUAUCUUUACAUAUGUCACCAAAAGUAGUCAAAGUCCAUUUGAACAUGGCCGACCAUAUUAUGUCAUAGGUUCUAGUGUUGUUUUUGUUGGUGGUGAACUAUUUGGGGAAUAUUUGAUGAAUAUUGCAGUUCCUUGCAGACAAAUACAGUAUAAUACAUUAUUUCUGACAUUUGUUAGUUUUGAAUUAUAGGUUCAGACCUAGUACUCAAUCUCAGCCUUAUUAUGUUUUCAAAACACUAAAAAGUUAGGCUAUCUUGGUUUGAUGUGGCAUAUAGCAUCCGACUAUACCUUAUAAUCGGCUUAUCAGUUUAUGGCCUAUGAUGAUUGUCACAUGUAGAAAAGAUGAGCUCAGUGUUUGUUUUCAAAUGGUUCAUUUGUUGCUAGAUUGUUUUUGUGUGAUGCAUACCAUAGCAUAUUUAUGAACUUUCACCCAGUUCUAGACCCCUGUGAUUGGGGUCUGGGCCUUUACAAAACUAUUUUCAAUGUUGGUUGCUCUGAGGUUUGCUUUGCCACUGUUCUUACACUGUUCCCACAUAGUUUCAAGUGUAAUUAAAACCACACAGGUUCAAUUAUUUUCAUCACAGCUGAUCUUGCUGUUUAUGGCCCUCUUCUGUUUCUCUGUCAUGGUGUUAUCAGUGUUGUCAUGGUGUUAUCAGUGUAGUCAUGGUGUUAUUGUUGUUAUUGUGUUGUUAUUGUUUUACUGUGUUAUUAGUGUUGUGUUGUUAAGCCUACGAGGUCUUAACAGGUCUAUAUCCUUCAACAGAUGAUAAUGUCGGUGAAUAUGGUGUCUGACAUCAGUCCAGCAGGGGGAAUAGGAGAGCCACAUACCACCACAGUGGGAGGGAGUAAACCCCUGCACCGCUUCAUCAGAGGGGAGCCCAAGAGUAUUGGGGUGAGACUGGAAAACAGAGAACUGAUGUAUUCAUUGUUGACAAAUACUCCAAGGUAUCAUCGCAAACAAAAAAUGUACUGUUCAUUUAGUGGUAGCACUUUACAUUACAGUACACAAUAAAGUGGCAAUAACAUGGUAAUAGCAUGGUAACAGGAUACAGUUACUCAUAAUGAAAACAUUAUUUGCCCAGAUACCCCUUCAUUUAUGUGUAAAUAUAUAAUUUCUGUGUCUGGUUGGUUAGAUUGUAAUGCUGUUCAUGGGCUCAUCACUCUUCAUCUUGGCAAUUCCCAUGAGAAUGGAUCCACUGGAGUCCUCUGCGGACAAUUUCACCUCUUUUUGGCUAGGAAUCCUGGUAUGCCUUUUUUGCACAUGUCUAUAUAAAUCUAUCAUAUUGACAAUCCAAAUGUCAUACCAUAACAUCUAACUUACAGUAACACAUAACCUGGAGUCUUAAGCCCCCAUUUCCAAAUCUUAAAAUCAAUGAUAUCUUUCAGACUGUCUCCCAUGACAGUUUAAUGUUGUUGAAUUUAUAAACUCGCACCCUCUUCUGUUUUGCAGUUCAUCAUCUGUGGUCUGUUAUACGUGCUCACAGAGAAGAAUACUUCAAAACAAUUGGUGAGUACCAUGAAUUGGAAUUCAGUGCACAGGCAUUACAGAUGUAGGAUCUUAAUUUGAUAACCCUGUUGCAGGAGAACUUUCCUGCAGGAAAUGUAAUUCUCUACAGUCUAAGACGUUUGGUUUAGAAUUUUACGACCCCUUUAGGUAUAUAUAAAAUAAAAUAAAAUGAUUUGAUAAAAUAUUGAAUUUGGACUUUAGUAACAAAUCACAUAGAAAUGCAUUGAAUAACACAUUCAUGAAUGGCAAAAAAGUUCAUCAUAAGGAAUAAGGCUUUGACGCAUCUGUCCUAUAUCUAGGAAAAAUAAGAAAGUUCAGGAAAAAGUUUGGACACACCUACUCAUUCAAGGGUUUUCUUUAUUUUUACUAUUUUUUACAUUGAUGAAAUAACACAUCUGGAAUCAUGUAGUAAACAAAAAAGUGUUAAACAAAUCAAAAUAUAUUUUAUAUUUGAGAUUCAUCAAAUAGCCACCCUUUGCCUUGAUGACAGCUUUGCACACUCUUGGCAUUCUCUCAACCAGCUUCACCUGGAAUGCUUUUCCAACAGUCUUGAAGGAGUUUAUUUAUUAGCAUUUAUUUGGGCUGCAAUCCGUAUUGACUGACCUUCAUGUCUUAAAGUAAUGAUGGACUGUCAUUUCUCUUUGCUUUGUUGAGCUGUUCUUGCCAUAAUAUGGACUUGGUCUUUUACCAUAUAUGGCUAUCUUCUGUAUAAAUCUUUUUACAUUUACAUUGUAGUCAUUUAGCAGACGCUCUUAUCCAGAGCGACUUACAGUUAGUGAGUGCAUACAUUUUCAUACUGGCCCCCCGUGGGAAACGAACCCACAACCCUGGCGUUGCAAGCGCCAUGCUCUACCAACUGAGCUACAGGGGACUACACAACACAACUGAUUGGCUCAAACGCAUUAAAUUCCACAAAUUAACUUUUAAUAAGGCACACCUUUUAAUUGAAAUGCAUUCCAGGUGACUACCUCAUGAAGCUGGUUGAGAGAAUGCCAAGAGUGUGCAAAGCUGUCAUCAAGGCAAAGGGUGGCUAUUUGAAGAAUCUCAAAUAUAAAAUAUAUUUUGAUUUGUUUAAAACUUUUUUCGUUACUACGUGAUUCCAUAUGUGUUAUUUCAUAGUUUUGAUGUCUUCACUAUUAUUCUACAAUGUAGAAAAUAGUAAAAAUAAAGAAAAACCCUUGAAUGAGUAGGUGUGUCCAAACUUUUGACUGGUAGUGUAUAUAUCUAGAAUAAUGCUUUGUUAAUGUCAGUAUUACCUUGUAACUUAAGCUUAUGCCUUGUAUGUGAAUCCAUUCAUUUUACAAAGUUAUUAAAUAAUACUUGUAUUUAGAAUUCCAUUCUCAUGACCGCUCCUUGAUCUUAGUCAGCUAAAUGCAUAAUACUUGAUUGCACAUGGUUUACAUAGUCUCUUGCACAUUGGUAUUUAUCUUAUGGAGUCAGAGAAACAUUUUAACAGGCUAAUUGCUUAGUCUUAUUUCGAGUGGCAUGUUAUGUACUGUAUAUAUAAUAGACUGUAUAUACACAUAUCAAAUAUUUGUCACGAUCGUCGGGAACAGAGGACCAAUGCGCAGCGUUGAAUGCAAACAUAUUUAUUAACUCUGAAGGAUAACACGAACAAAAACGAUAACGUGACAGUCAACGGUCUAACACAAACCAACUAGAACAAGAUCCCACAACAACUGUGGGAAAACAGCCUGUAUAAAUAUGGUUCCCAAUCAGAGACAACCAGCACCAGCUGACACUCGUUGCCUCUGAUUGGGAACCAAUCUGGCCAACAUAGAAAUGCAACUACUAGAUAAACAAAUGAAAGGCACACCCUGGCUCAACAUACAAGUGUCCCCAGAGCCAGGGCGUGACAGUACCCCCCCCCUAAAGGCGCGGACUCCGACCGCGUCAACUAAAUACCACAGGGGAGGGACCGGGUGGGCACUCCGCCUUGGCGGCGGAUCCGGCUCCGGGCCUGAUCCCCACUCCCUCUCCAACCCCCCAAAGUACCCCUGGUCCGGUCUGGCCCCGCUGACCGGAGCUGGACUGCACACUGGUGGAGCGGAUUGCUCUAGCUCCGGCGUGAAGCAGCUGACCGGUGCCGGACCAGGCACCGGUGGAAAAGGCACGGGGCGUGCCGGACUGACGACGCGUACCAUAGGCUUGGUGCGGGGAGCAGGAGCGGGCCGGACCGGACUGGCGACGCACACCACUGGCUUGGUGUGGGGAGCAGGAGCGGACCGGACCGGGCUGGCGACGCACACCACUGGCUUGGUGUGGGGAACAGGCACGGGCCGUGCCGGACUGACGACGCACACCACUGGCUUGGUGUGGGGAGCAGGAGCGGGCCGGACCGGGCUGGCGACGCACACCACUGGCUUGGUGUGGGGAACAGGCACGGGCCGUGCCGGACUGACGACGCACACCACUGGCUUGGUGUGGGGAGCAGGAGCGGGCCGGACCGGGCUGGCGACGCGCACCAUAGGCUCGGUGCGGGGAGCAGGAACAGGCCGGGCCGGGCUGGCGACGCGCACCACUGGCUUGGUGUGGGGAGCAGGAGCGGGCCGGACCGGGCUGGCGACGCACACCACUGGCUUGGUGUGGGGAACAGGCACGGGCCGUGCCGGACUGACGACGCACACCACUGGCUUGGUGUGGGGAGCAGGAGCAGGCCGGACCGGGCUGGCGACGCGCACCAUAGGCUCGGUGCGGGGAGCAGGAACAGGCCGGGCCGGGCUGGCGACGCGCACCAUAGGCUCGGUGCGGGGAGCAGGAACAGGCCGGGCCGGGCUGGCGACGCGCACCAUAGGCUCGGUGCGGGGAGCAGGAACAGGCCGGGCCGGGCUGGCGACGCGCACCACAGGCUCGAUGCGAGGAACAGGAACAGGCCGGACCGUACUGGGGACACACACCACUGGACCUAUGCAGGGAUCAGGAACGGGCCGGACCGGACUGGUAACACACCCCAGUACCUCUCGCCGUGCCUCCACACUUUCCCUCUCCUCUGUGACCAGUGGCCCCCUUAACCUGGCGGCCUCCUCUGCACACCCGCUGGACCGCUCCAUCGCGGCCUCCUGCUGCCCCGUCGUCCACGGCGUGAGCCCCCCCCUAAAAAAAUUCUGGGGGUCUCUCCUCCCCGUGGGCCAGGCCUCUAUAGUUCUCGCCCAACUCUCACUCUUCUGCUUCCAACUCCAGCCAUUCUGCUCUUCAUUUGGCUUGACCCAGUCGAGACUCUUCCUCCACUGUUCCCAAGUCCACCCUCUCUGCUCUUCACUAGGCUUGACCCAGUCGAGGCUGCCACGGAGAUCUGCUAGCGAUUCCCCUGGCGAUGGCUCCUGGACACGCUGCUUGGUCCAGUUUUGGUGGGAUCUUCUGUCACGAUCGUCGGGAACAGAGGACCAAUGCGCAGCGUUGAAUGCAAACAUAUUUAUUAACUCUGAAGGAUAACACGAACAAAAACGAUAACGUGACAGUCAACGGUCUAACACAAACCAACUAGAACAAGAUCCCACAACAACUGUGGGAAAACAGCCUGUAUAAAUAUGGUUCCCAAUCAGAGACAACCAGCACCAGCUGACACUCGUUGCCUCUGAUUGGGAACCAAUCUGGCCAACAUAGAAAUGCAACUACUAGAUAAACAAAUGAAAGGCACACCCUGGCUCAACAUACAAGUGUCCCCAGAGCCAGGGCGUGACAAUAUUACUGCCCACCAAUGUUCCCUCUACAUUUUAUGGGCACUGAGCAAAUUUCAGGUCUGCUGAGCGCAAACUUGAAUGUUGUGAAAAUUCUGUGCAACUUUCAGCGCGUGUUUACUCUAAACACUGAGGCUGUACCCGCUUUAAGUUAGUUUCAGACAGUGGUCAAGUAGGCUACUGUGGCUAUUUGAUCAUAAUGUAGGCCUACCGGAGUGGCCUACAUUUUUUUUCAAAUGCAGAAAAUGCAUCCCAUAACAUUUUAACAUGGAAAUAGCUGUUCUAUCAUUCAGUCUACUGUAUCAGCUAAUGUGAUGUUCAAUGUAGGCCUACAUUCCAUGAUACUUUUGAAUAGAAACAUGCAGAGCUUGACAUUAACCUGUUUAUCCACAACAAAUGUUGUGUUGUUUGAUGCAAGAAACCACUUCACAAAAUAAAAUGCAUUAUUAUUCCCAUGCCAUUAUUACAAAGAAUCAGACAAAUUAUGCUACCCUCUACCUAUUGGCUACUUAGCUUAUUGAAGCCUGUCACAAAAUACAACACUGCGGAAGACACAUUUCAGUUGAAUGCAUUCAGUUGUACAACUGACUAGGUAUCCCCCGUUCCCUUUCCUACCCCUUUAAGACAAAAAAAAAGCUCUUUACCCAACUUACUUUUCAAAUAUGUCUAGAAAUGUAAACGUUUUGUGCUCUUGUAGGAAGCAAUCACUCCCCCAUUGCUGACUACAAAUUAUCUAUAACUGGGCUAAUAACUCACUAACUAGCAAAGGAUAUGAAACAAAGUGCACACGUGGCUACAUGCAGCUCUCACUUUGAUCUCUUGCAUCUACUCACGACCGCUCAUACUGUAAACACAGUCCAAUUCAAAGUGAAUGGCACAGAUCCAUAUGGCAAUGGUCUAUUUGCAUAUACAGUGAGGCGAAAAAGUAUUUGAUCCCCUGCUGAUUUUGUACGUUUGCCCACUGACAAAGAAAUGAUCAGUCUAUAAUUUUAAUGGUAGGUUUAUUUGAACAGUGAGAGACAAAAAAAUCCAGAAAAACGCAUGUCAAAAAUGUUAUAAAUUGAUUUGCAUUUUUAUGAGGGAAAUAAGUAUUUGACCCUCUCUCAAUCAAUAAAGAUUUCUGGCUCCCAGGUGGGAGUGCUCCUAAUCUUAAAGGGAGUGUUCCUAAUCUCAGCUUGUUACCUGUAUAAAAGACACCUGUCCACAGAAGCAAUCAAUCAAUCAGAUUCCAAACACUCCACCAUGGCCAAGACCAAAGAGCUCUCCAAGGAUGUCAGGGACAAGAUUGUAGACCUACACAAGGCUGGAAUGGGCUACAAGACCAUCGCCAAACAGCUUGGUGAGAAGGUGACAACAGUUGGUGCGAUUAUUCGCAAAUGGAAGAAACAUAAAAUAACUGUCAAUCUCCCUUGGCCUGGGGCUCCAUGCAAGAUCUCACCUCGUGGAGUUGCAAUGAUCAUGUGAACGGUGAGGAAUCAGCCCAGAACUACACAGGAGGAUCUUGUCAAUGAUCUCAAGGCAGCUGGGACCAUAGUCACCAAAAAAACAAUUGGUAACACACUACGCCGUGAAGGACUGAAAUCCUGCAGUGCCCACAAGGUCCCGCUGCUCAAGAAAGCACAUAUACAGGGCCGUCUGAAGUUUGCCAAUGAACAUCUGAAUGAUUCAGAGGAGAACUGGGUGAAAGUGUUGUGGUCAGAUGAGACCAAAAUCGAGCUCUUUGGCAUCAACUCAACUCGCCGUGUUUGGAGGAGGAGGAAUGCUGCCUAUGACCCCAAGAACACCAUCCCCACCGUCAAACAUGGAGGUGGAAACAUUAUGCUUUGGGGGUGUUUUUCUGCUAAGGGGACAGGACAAUUUCAACGCAUCAAAUGGACAAUGGACGGGGCCAUGUACCGUCAAAUCUUGGGUGAGAACCUCCUUCCCUCAGCCAGGGCAUUGAAAAUGGGUCGUGGAUGGGUAUUCCAGCAUGACAAUGACCCAAAACACACGGCCAAGGCAACAAAGGAGUGGCUCAAGAAGAAGCACAUUAAGGUCCUGGAGUGGCCUAGCCAGUCUCCAGACCUUAACCCCAUAGAAAAUCUGUGGAGGGAGCUGAAGGUUCGAGUUGCCAAACGUCAGCCUCAAAACCUUAAUGACUUGGAGAAGAUCUGCAAAGAGGAGUGGGACAAAAUCCCUCCUGAGAUGUGUGCAAACCUGGUGGCCAACUACAAGAAACAUCUGACCUCUGUGAUUGCCAACAAAGGUUUUGCCACCAAGUACUAAGUCAUGUUUUGCAGAGGGGUCAAAUACUUAUUUCCCUCAUUAAAAUGCAAAUCAAUUUAUAACAUUUUUGACAUGCGUUCUUCUGGAUUGUUUUGUUGUUAUUCUGUCUCUCACUGUUCAAAUAAACCUACCAUUAAAAUUAUAGACUGAUCAUGUCUUUGUCAGUGGGCAAACGUACAAAAUCAGCAGGGGAUCAAAUACUUAUUUCCCUCACUGUAGGCCUACUGCAGCUCUGAUUGGUUCUACUGCAGCUCUGAUUGGUUAUGCCACGCAGGUCUGUGGAGAGUAUGGCUUGUCAAUGCAAUAGAAUUCUAUCCGAUGCGUGCCUUGAAAGAGGCUUUGUCACGAAGUGGUUGCUAUUUUUUCACCAUUUUCUUUGUUCUCACCCUGUAGGUGACAGCAAGCCUGGCCCUUAGUAUCAUCUCUAUAUUGGGGGUCACAGUGGCUUUCUUUGAAUUCCUUAAAGGCAUCCUGAGCUUGAAGUAUCACCAUUACCACUUUUAUCAUUCCUACUAUGAUGACAACAUCACAGACUCUGCCGGAGUUGUUGUCCCCUGGCGUAAACGACAUAUGGUAAAUGUUGUUGUUGUUGUUGUGAAAUUGGAUCACUGCUAUCUGGAACAAUUAUUAUUGGCAGUCCUUCUCUUGGGUAUUUGGUUUGUGACAACCUCUUUAAAAUUGCAUCCAGUAAAUGAAAUAAAGAAAGGAUAAACAUCAUAUAACACAGCUUUACACUGGAACCUUUCUCAUUCUGUCUAAAUAAAGAGACCUUUAAUUCUGCUCUCUCUCCUGACAGGACCAGUUAUUCAGCCUUGAGGCUGUAUUCAUGUAUCAGAGCUUAGUGGGCAUGGUGCUCCUAAUACUGAUGACAGCAUUUGCCAGGGCUGCCUUGCAGUCCAGUAAGACACAGGUAAAGUACUGUGGCAGUGACAUACUUUAUAACCUUAUUUGUAUCCUAACCUGGGGCUUGUAGACUGUGGUAAGUAUGCCAGUGCAAUUAAUCAAAUACAUUUAGAUUUUUAAGUGCCCUACAGAAUCAGACAUCAUCUUAUCUGUAAAUUAUGUUAUUACAGUGUAUGUUUCAGUGGCGACUGGUGAGGGGAGGACGACUUAUGAUAAUGACUAGAAUGGAGCAAAUGGUAUGGCAUCUAACACAGAAACCAUGUGUUUGAUAUCAUUCCACUUAAUCCGCUCCAGCCAUUACCACAAGCCUGUCCUCCCCAAUUAAGGUGCCACCAACCUCCUGUGGUAUGUUUAUACUGUAUACAGUGUACAUAAUGCUUUUUUGUCUUUCUCUUGCAGGAUGAAUGCCUAAGAUAAACUCUGUCCUUUCUCUUUUAUACAGGCAAUUGUGGUAAUGAACAAUCUACCAUCAGCAGACUGAAUGAAAGAAAGAAAGCCUUUUAUGACUGUCUCUGCCAUGAUGGAUGGAUAGAAAACUUGGAUUCAUUGAUAUACAAUAAAUGUAAUUCAAUGUGUAGAACAUUUCUUUAAAUCCACAUAUGGAAAUUGUCUAUGUAUACAAGACACUUUUCAUUUCCAUUUUGAAAUAAAUGUAACAUCAAUUGUUCAAUCAAAUGUAUUCAUAAAGCCCUUUUUACAUCAGCA